CUGCCUCGAAACCUCCGCCGCCUUUGCCGCUUCGCUUUGCUGACUGGGCCAGCAGCAGGAAAGUAUCCACCACCUACCUCACUUCCCCACCACAGCGAGUGAGCACCAUGGCGGACGAGUGGCCCACCGUUGCCUCCGAGUACCAGAUCAUCGAGCAGAUCGGCCAGGGCGCCUUUGCCAAAGUAUGGAAGGCGUACUGCGUGCCCAAGAAGAUCCACGUAGCCAUUAAGAUCAUGGACCUGGAGAAGAUCACCACCAGCUUCGAGGACAUCCGCGCUGAGGUGCAGACCAUGAAGAUGACCAACCACCCGAACGUCCUCAAGUGCUACUGCAGCUUCGUGCAUAAGGACCAACUGUGGCUGGUCACGCAGCUCAUGAACAAGGGCUCGUGUCUGCACGUGAUGAACCUGCUCAAGAAGAAGGGGCUGGGAGAGGGGCUCAAGGAGGAGUUCGUGGCUGUCAUCCUGCACGAGACGCUCAAGGGGCUGCAGUACUUCCACGAGAACGGCCAGAUCCACCGAGACAUCAAGGCCGGUAACAUCCUGCUGGACAGCGAGGGUCACGUGGUGAUCGCCGACUUUGGCGUCUCCGGCUGGAUGAUGGAGGGGGGAGACCGUCGGAAGAACCGCCAGACGUUCGUGGGCACGCCCUGCUGGAUGGCGCCCGAGGUCAUGGAGCAGGUGCGCGGCUACGACUACAAGGCCGACAUCUGGUCGCUGGGCAUCACAGCGCUGGAGCUGGCUAAGGGCUACGCGCCCUACGCGCGCUUCCAGCCCAUGAAGGUGCUGCUGCUCACGCUGCAGGAGGACCCACCGUCGCUUCGCACUUACGAUGACGAUGGAAGUGGCCACCAGUUCGGACGCCACUUCAAGGAUGUGGUCAAGCUCUGUUUGCAGAAGGACCCGUCGAAGCGUCCUGGCACGUCGGCGCUGCUGAAGCACAGCUUCUUCAAGAAGGCGGGGGAUACGGUCUACCUCGCCCGGAACCUGCUUACCAACAUCGAAGACAUUGGCGAGAGCUGCAUGACUGCCGGCAUCGCAGACGCCCUCCCCGGUGCGGGGCCGCUUUACGCAAAGGGAACGAAGGGCCCGCCUGGAUCGGAAGCGGAGGGGUCCAAGUACGUUCCAGGCACGACCUGGGUAUUCGAUGACGAGGAGGAUGACGCCAAUAAGAUGUCGAUAGACGAUUUCGCCAGUCAGUUUGACAUGGUUACGGGUGGCGAGGAAUUCCGCUCCAAGUAAACUCAGCAACUAGCACCCGCAAGCUCUUUGCAAGACUGGACACACUCUGCACGGCGUCCUCAACGAACCUCUCGAGGAGAAAAGUCUCAUGCCACAGACCAAGGACAAGGCGCCUACGGAGUGUCCACGCUCGUAGCAGAAAACUAAAUUCAGGUCUGUCUUUGUUUUGGUUU